CCCUCCAUGUAUAACCUUUACCAGCAGAACCCGCAGCUACCCAUGCAGCUCCAAAUCAAUCCCUGGCUCACUGGAUACGCGCAGGCAGGAUAUCUGCGGUUCGACCUGUCGAUGGCUGCGUUCAACCCACUCCGGGUGGAUACAAUGGGCAUGCAAGUGUCAUUGGGCAUGAAUGAGCUCAGUGGUCCGGCUACGCACCCUCACAUCCAGAAGAUGAUCAUUAUCUGCGAUGCGUUGCCGUAUUGGCCCAUAACCGUCGGGGAUGGAAGCAGGGGGCUGUCGUUGCUAGAUGUCUUGCAAGGUUUAUACCGUAUGCUGAUGUGGAGAAUUAGCGCGGCGGAAUGGCACAGAUUUCCCGAGGGUGACCAGACUGCCAUUGCGAAGGCUUUUAAUCGUAGGUGCAGGGCUCUAGGGAAUCCUCAGCUAGCGAAUGCGGAGAGGCAGGAUGGAGUGAAGAGGGUGGAUCUUUUGUUGGGAAAGACGAUGUUCAGAGGAUUAGUU